UGCGAAUUCAAAUGCGCAGGUGAGCGAACGUACUGCCCGUCGGUAAAAAUUCUCCGUUUCGGCGAUCGCUUCAUAAAGAACCACAUACACCAAAGCAUUGCGUAUACGCAGCGUGCACCGUGACCUUAAGCCGAGCCAAAACCGAUAAAAGCCAACAAUCGCAAUAAAGCGACGAAAAGAAUCAAAAGCGAGGCAAAAAGCGAAACAGUUGACGCCAACACAAGCGGAGAGAUACAAAUACGUGUUUUUAACGCAAAACAGCUGAAACCAAAAAACCGAAAAAAUUCAAAAUAAGAUACACAUUAUAUACACUUGGCGGUGACAAAAACCCGAAAGUAAAUAGCUGGUCGUAAAUAUUUAAUUCAACUGGAGCGGAGAAGCAAAAUUCGCUGAAAGAGAAUACCCCAAUGAUAAUGCCGAAGUGAAAAGCCCCCGAGAGACCAGGAAAACCGGAGAAAGAGAGUAGCACCCACUCGGUAGAUAAGGUUUAUCGGGAGGCGAACACCCGGUACCCAAAAUGGCCGACGAAGAUCUCAGUCCGCUGCCCUUCCGGCGGGAGCGCAAUCUCAGCAACCGCAACUUCAACAAGCGCAACUCGCGCCGCCGGAUCAGCCAGCAGGCGGCGGAGCAGGAGCGCCACUCGAGCACGCUCGUCAGUAGCCAGCCGGAGGCGGUCGACGGAGGUUCUCCACCCAGCAGCAGCUCCAGCUCGUUCCAGCUCUCGUACUCCGUGAACUCCGACACGGAGAGCGCCUUCAACCGACGCUCUCUGCUCAAGAUGCACGAGGUGGCGGGGGAAAACGGUGGCGGCGGGGGAGGAGUGGAGGUCACCACGCCAGGUGACUCUCCCACGACACCCCCCACCCCCGAUCCCGCCCUGCUGGAUGUCCGGCAGAAGGUGCACCGCUUUGAGACCCUGAAAACCACCGUCUGCUUCAUGAAGCAGGAGCGGCACAGUCUCAAACUGCUGGAGAACCGUCGUCACCCGUCUUUCGAGGAUUACUCCGGUGAUCAACGCACUCCGCCAGCCACGCCCCCGCGUCGCAUCCGCCUCCCAGGACUGGGAAGCAGUCGCAGCAGCUCCAUACCCAGUAUACAAAGCGCAAGCAUCCACGAAGUGCGAUCCGAGGACGAAGUGGAUCAGAUAUCCGACUUCGAAACGGAUCCCCAUGCCACGCCCACCGAGGAAUACGUACCAGCAGAUACCACCUCGGAGGUCAUACCCAGUACCAGUCAGGAGGAGGAGGACCCGAAGACCCAGCAGCAGGUGCAGCGAUCCAUUAGCGCAGAUCAAUCCAAGGACAGACGCACAUUGCCGCUCAAGAUGCGCAACGAUUUCCCCAGAAACUAUCGUUCUACGCCGAGACGAAAGACUGAAAUCAUUGGGACCACCAACGAGCAUGUGGUGGGCAAGUUUCACUCGGUCUACCAGCCAAAAGAUGAAGAGGAAGAGGUUGAGAUCGAGCUGCGGGACAAGAGCGACAAGUGCGUGCAUCCCAUUCUGGAGGAGCUGAUCAAGACGGAGGAGGCCUACGUGAACAACCUGUUCACGGGCAUCGAGAACUACGGCAACAUCUUCCAGCGCAAGGAUCUGCCCCUGGGUCUUCGGGGCAAGAAGUACGAUCUGUUCGGCAACAUCGAGCAGAUCGCCGAGUUCCAUCGGGAUGAGUUCCUGCCCAUGCUGCAGCGCAAUAGACGCGAUCUGAAGCGAUUGUUCGAUGAGUUCCUGCAGUUCCUAGAUCAAAACUGCUUCUAUGGAUAUGUUAUCUUCACAAUGAACAAGCAAAAGUCCCUUAAACUGUGCGAUCUCUACAAAAACUACUUUACUAGUAUUCGCCUAGAACGCGAUGAUAAGUUGGGUAUAAAUAGCUUCCUGGUCCAGCCCAUUCAGCGCAUGGCUCGGUAUCCUUUGCUCCUGACGCAGUUCAUCAAUACCUUCUUCAAGAACCGUGAUAUAGUAAUGAAGCCCCUAAUUGAGUCCUGCUGUCGACUGGAGAAGCGCCUGCGAUCCCUGCUGACCACCACCAACGAAUCGGAGAUCAUCAAUGACAUAGUGGACUGUCAUGAGUUCAAUGUCUACUACCAGGGCAAAUUCCGCAAGGUGAACGAGUUCCAGGUGCUCGAUCACAAGCUAAAGCGCAGCUACCGAGCCAAGGUCUUUAUAUUCGACAAAUGCAUCAUCUACACGGAGAUCAAGGGCAAGAACCUGAUCUUCCACGGCCGUUAUCCCUGCGAGCACAUAGGGAUCUCGGCCAAGACCAAGUCCUUCACGCUUUACUACGAGCGCAGGAAGCAGCAGGAGUGUGAGUUCAGCGCGGAUCCGGUGCAGAUCUCCGCCUGGUUGGACUUAAUCCGGGAUAUGAUCAAUAACUUCGCGAACGAGGAGCGCCAGAAGCUGCAGGAGCGCUACUCCCGGGAGAAUGAUCACCUGCAUCGCAAGGCCCCCAGUUUUUCGCUCUAUCGCGAUUCCAAUCGCUUUAGUUCAGAUAGCGGAAUCGGUAACAUCUGGAUAAUGCCAAAGGCAGACGAAGAGACGAUCAGCAAUAGGACCACCUGGUAUGCGGCCUCCUAAGUGAGAAAUGGAAAGGAUCCAUGUCCGGUUAUGGGAAAUCGGCAGUUCUGGAAAGAUAAAUAAGGAUGAACCUAUUUCAAUCCUAUCUGGAUCUGUAUAAGGCGGCCAAUUUUGAAGGGCCACUAAGCCGAGCAGAGUCAAUAUUGGAAAUUGUUUAAAAUUCCUGCUCAUUGUAUGUGGCAAAAGGAGAUCGGAAGCAAAAUUCUUUCGAUUUUAAAGCUAAAUAACCAAAUAUUGAAUUAUAAGCAUAGUUGGCUAAUUAAGUUGUAUAUAUUCCUGUUUAAUUGUUGUCACAAAUUGGAAUUCGUUGAUCGCAUGUACUACCGUGCCUAGCUUUAUAAGCUUUUUGUUUUGUGUAAAUAUUGGCUAAAAAGACGUUUUAAAUAAAUUGAGUAAAUAUUUAA